AAUCCAUUGCUGUAUCCUGAAUUUGCUCACUCACGAAAAUGGCGGUGGUUGUUUAGUAACCUAGACGCAAAAAAAAAAACGUCAAGAUGGCGAGAAUGAAGUAAAAUACGUUUUAAAUCGUUGUGUUGUUGUUUUCAUUGUGGCGUUUACAAAACAAGCAUAUCACAUAACAGAACCCUUUCCGUACUUUUAAGUCAGCUAUACUGUAACUUGGUUGCCAUGGCAGAGGAGGAUGGGUUAACGUUGGCUUUGAUCAAUUAUUACUGCCAGGAAAGGUAUUUCAAUCAUGUACAGCGUGCUGCUAACGAGGCUCUGAAGAAGAAUGGAAAUGACCCUGUCUUCAUAUUCUUUCGUGCUUAUGGAAUUUUAAUGGAAGACAGAAUUCAAGAAGCCAUUCGAGAACUGGAAGCUGUUAAAGGCAAUCAAGAGGUGUCUCUCUGCACCUUAAUGGCUCUUACUUAUGCCCAUAAGAAAAGUUCUACUCCAGAUCGAGAUGCUAUACAAGAGCUGGAUGCCAAACUAAAGGAGGACCGGAAGAGCGCAGGUCAGAGGGGACUCUACUUCGCAGGGCUGUUUCUUUGGCACCUGGGGUGCAAUGACAAAGCUCGAGAAUAUACAGAAAGAAUGAUCAAGAUUUCCAAUGGUGCUAAGGAGGGAUUGAUUUUAAAAGGAUGGAUAGAUCUGACUUCUGGUAAAGAUGCAUAUGUAAAAAAGUCUGUCAAGUACUUUGACGAAGGAAUGAAGGAUGGGAUAGAUGUUUUUGGUAUGAUGGGAAAGGCCCAGUAUUACGAGUUUCGCCAGAACUACUCUGGAGCUUUAGAAACUGUCAAUCAAGUCAUUGUUGCUUUCCCCGACUUCCUACCUGCUUUUAUAAAGAAAAUGAAGCUGUUUCUAACCUUGCAAGACUGGGAGCAAACAGUCGAAGCAGCGCAGAGGCUUUUGCAGAAAGACGAAAAUAACCUUGAAGCUUUGAGGAUGCUGGCACUCUAUUCAUUAUGCAGCAAGGGAAAUAUAGAUGAGUCCAUUACCCAGGUCAGUAACCUUGUUGGCAGCCUGGAUCGCUUUGAACCUCACAAUGCUGAGCUUUUUUAUAGAAUGUCCUUAGCUUUUACAAGAGUGUGUGGACGAAACCAGAUGAUCCUUCAGCAGACACAAACUUUAGUUGAAAGAGCAUUUGCCAUGGCUUCGGAUGAUGCAGAACUGGCCACUGAACUUGGCUACCAGUUGGUACUGCAAGGAAAACUAAAGGAAGCUAUAAAAUGGUACAAGACUGCUAUGACAUUGGAUGAAACUAGUGUCUCUGCGUUGACUGGGAUCAUAAAGUGCCAGCUAAUUGAAGGGCAUCUGGAAGAAGCAGAGCAACAGCUUGAAUUCCUUAAUGAAAUCCAGCAAUCCAUUGGAAAGUCAGGGGAGCUGUCUUUCCUGCGAGCUGUCUUAGCAGUGAAGAAGCAUAGAGCUCAAGAUGAGGUCAUUCAUUUGCUCAACGAUGCCACGGACAUUCAUUUCUCCGUCCUGCAAGGACUGCCGCUAGGGGUUCAAUACUUUGAAAGACUCAAUCCUGACUUCCUGCUGGAGAUUGUUAAAGAAUACAUUGGUUUCUGUCCAACAGAGUCGGCAUCUCAAGGACAGCCUCCCUCUCCCCAGCUCCAACAUUGUGCCUCUGUGCUGGAGACGGUGGUAAAAACUGUGCCUGGGCUGGUGGAAGCUGUUUACUUGAUGGCUAAAGUCAAAUUCUUAGCAGGUGACAUUGAUGCAGCUCAGAACAGCAUACAGCACUGCUUGGAACAGAACCCUUCACAUGCUGAUGCUCAUCUGCUGAUGGCUCAAAUCUAUUUGAUGCAAGGCAGCUUUAAGCUGUCUUCACAGUCUCUGGAACUGUGCCUUAGCUAUAACUUUGAGAUUCGGGAACACCCUCUGUAUCACCUGAUUAAAGCUCAGACCCAGAAGAAUAUGGGGGAGGUUCAGGAAGCCAUUCAGACUUUGCAAAUGGCAAUGAGUUUACCAGGAAUGAAGAGAGUUGGUGGUUCUUCAAAAUCCAGAAGCAAAAAGGUUGGAAUCAGCUCAACUGGACGAGUGUCUGUAUUUCUGGAGUUAGCAGAAGCCCAUCGGCUAAAUGGAGAACAGCACGAAGCAGCUAAAGUAAUGCAGGAUGCAAUCAAUGAAUUUUCAGGCACCUCUGAAGAGCUGCGUGUCACAAUUGCCAACGCAGACAUGGCUCUCCUUCGCGGGGACACUGAACUGGCCCUGAGCAUGCUUAGAAACAUCACACCUGAGCAGCCUUACUACAUUCAAGCCAAAGAAAAAAUGGCAGACAUUUAUCUCAACUACAGAAAGGAGAAGAGGUUGUAUGCAAGCUGUUACAGAGAACUGGUGGAAAAACUGCCUAACUCCCACACAUAUCUCCUGUUAGGUGAUGCUUACAUUAAUAUUCAAGAGCCCGAGAAAGCAAUCGAAACAUAUGAACACGCUUUAAAGAAAAACCCCAAAAAUGGUGCCUUGGCGAGCAAGAUUGGUAAAGCUCUUGUUAAAACUCAUAACUAUGCUAAGGCAAUUAAUUAUUAUGAAGCAGCACUGAAGACCGGUCAGCAAAAUUAUCUCCUUCAUGACUUGGCAGAGCUUUUGUUAAAACUAAAGCAAUAUGAAAAAGCAGAAACGAUUCUACAGCAAGCCCUAGACCAUGAACCAGUAAACGACCUCUCUGCAUUAACUGAAGAUGGUCGCUAUCUAGUUCUUUUAGCCAAGAUCCACAGCAAAAUGGACAAAACUGAACAGGCGAUACUUUCCUUACAGAGGGCACGAGAUGUACAAGCUCGAGUUUUGAAACGGGUUCAGCUUGAGCAACCUGAAGCAGUUCCCAACCAGAAACAAUUGGCAGCAGAGAUUUGUGCUGAGAUUGCCAAACAUUACACAUCUCAAAGAGAAUAUGAGAAAGCCAUCAAAUUCUACAAAGAGGCGCUUGUUUAUUGUGAGACUGAUAAAAAGGUGAUGUUGGAGCUUGCUCGAUUAUACCUUGCACAGGAUGACAUAGAUGCAUCCCAGCAUCAAUGUGCAAUACUUCUUAAGAAUGACCAGGAUAACGAAGCUGCAACCAUGAUGAUGGCUGAUCUGAUGUUCAGGAAGCAGGAUUAUGAGCAAGCUGUUUUUCAUAUUCAACAGCUUUUAGAACGCAGACCUGAUAACUAUCCAACACUGUCACGUUUAAUUGACCUAUUAAGAAGAGCUGGUAAAUUGGAAGAGGUUCCCAGAUUCCUAGAGAUGGUUGAAAAGCAUUCUUCAAGGGCAAGACUAGAGCCUGGAUUUAACUACUGCAAAGGAAUUUACCUCUGGUACACUGGUGAACCCAACGACGGCCUUCGACACUUCAAUAAGGCUCGGAAAGACAAUGAGUGGGGUCAAAACGCUGUGUAUAAUAUGAUAGAAAUUUGUUUGAAUCCAGAUAAUGAUACAAUGGGAGGGGAAGUCUUUGAGAACCUUGAUGGUGACAUUGGCAACUCUACAGAAAAGCAAGAAUCAGAACAGCUAGCUGUAAGAACCGCUGAGAAACUCCUGAAAGAGCUGAAACCCCAGACCAUUGAUGGUCAUGUUCAGUUACGUAUCAUGGAAAACUACUGCUUAUUGGCAACCAAACAGAAAGCCAAUGUUGAGAAAGCACUGAAUGCAUUCACCGAGAUUGCAAACAAUGAGAAAGAUCAUAUCCCUGCACUGCUUGGUAUGGCUACAGCAUAUAUGAUUCUAAAGCAGACUCCAAAGGCCAGAAAUCAGCUUAAACGCAUUGCAAAAAUGAACUGGAAUGCAAUUGAUGCAGAUGAGUUUGAGAAGAGCUGGCUUCUUUUAGCUGACAUUUAUAUUCAGUCAGGCAAAUAUGAUAUGGCAGGUGAAUUAUUAAAGCGCUGUCUUCGCCAUAAUAAGUCUAGCUGUAAAGCAUAUGAAUAUAUGGGAUACAUUAUGGAAAAGGAGCAGGCUUUCAGGGAUGCAGCAUUAAACUAUGAAAUGGCAUGGAAGUAUGGCAAUCAAACCAAUCCAACUAUCGGAUACAAGCUUGCAUUUAAUUACUUGAAAGCAAAGAGAUAUGUUGAUGCGAUAGAUAUAUGCCACAAGGUGUUGGAAGCACAUCCAAAUUACCCGAAGAUGAGGAGAGAGAUUCUUGACAAAGCGCGUGCAGCUAUAAGAUCGUAGCACAAUUGCAUUUAACGGUAUUGUGGUUGGUGGUGGUGUGUGUGUUUGUUUUUGUUUGUUUGUUUUAAUUUAAAUUAGAUAAACUGCCCAUUGUUUGAAAACUGUCCUGUAUUAAAUAUGAAAUAUCUAACUAAGUAAAAUAACAAAUCAUGUUGUUUAAAACAUAAAAAGGUGUCUGCAAUAUGUAUUUUAAAUAUGCAUUUUAAGUUACAACUAUAAUACACCUAAUUGAAAUGGAUUUUACAAAUAAAAGACCUGCGCAAAUUAUUGAUAUAUGCUCUGUAAAGUUCCAUUCAUCUUUCUCUGUUACAGAUGCAUCUACUGUAUGGGAAGUUGGUUCUAUAAACUUUUCUGUAAAAAUGUUUAUACAUAACAAUAAAAUACACUUUACAGACUAA